CUGUGGUUUCUCAGAGGGCAUUUUGAAAUAUUUUCAUCAUGAUUUUUCAGGCUCUUUUUGAUUCAAUGCACUUCAGUGGUUGGCUGCUGUUUGGUUUUGCGUUGCUGCUUUUGACUGAUGUGAUAAGAAGCUGGAGGCCUCCUAACUUUCCACCUGGACCCUGGGCUGUGCCUUUUCUAGGAAACAUCUUCACUGGAGCUGACAACCAAACAAUGAAGAAGCUGGCUCAGGAGUACGGCCCUGUGUUCAGCCUGAGGAAAGGCAGUGAGAGGUUGGUGUUUAUUUCAGGAUACAAGAUGGUCAAAGAGGCUCUUCUCAACCAGCUGGACAGCUUUGCGGAUCGACCAGUUGUCCCUCUCUUCAAUGAUAUCUUUCAUGGCCUUGGUAUAAGUCUGAGCAACGGUUACCUGUGGAAGAAGCAGAGGAAGUUUGCCAACACUCACCUGCGUUACUUUGGAGAGGGCCAGAAGUCACUGGAAAAAUAUAUUGAAGUAGAGAGCAACUUCCUCUGUGAGGCAUUCAAAGAUGAACAAGGACGACCAUUCAACCCCCACUACACCCUAACAAAUGCAGUGAGUAACAUCAUCUCCGCCGUGGUCUUUGGACACCGCUUCGAAUACAGCGAUCAAAGCUUUCGCAGCUUUCUACAGUUGGACAAUGACACAAUUGCACUAGCUGGCCCAGCUCAGCUGUAUGAUGCCUUCCCUGGCUUGUUUAAGUAUCUGCCAGGACCUCACCAGACUGUACACGCCAACUACAGGGUGAUCUUGAAUUUCUUGAGGAAGGAAAUAGAAAAACACCAGGAGGAGUGGAACCCCGAUGACCCUCGUGAUUAUAUCGAUAUGUACCUGGCAGAAAUGGAGAAGAAAAAAGAGGAUCCCCAGGCUGGCUUCAACACUGAAAAUCUGCUGGCUUGCACUCUUGACCUGAUAGAGGCUGGGACAGAAACAACUGCCAACACUUUACGCUGGGGCCUUGUAUACAUGAUGAACUACCCAGAGAUACAGGAGAAAGUCCAGGCAGAGAUAGACAGAGUGAUCGGACAGUCUCGUCAGCCCACAAUGGCCGACAGACCCAACCUGCCCUACACUGAGGCCGUCAUCCAUGAGACCCAGAGGUUGGGGAAUAUUGUUCCCUUGGGUUUACCCAGAAUGGCCACAAAAGACACUACACUGGGAGAAUACUUAAUUCCCAAGGGAACAUCUGUUACUAUGAUCCUUGGGUCUGUGCUGUUCGAUAAGAAUGAGUGGGCGACUCCUGAUAUCUUCAAUCCUGAGCAUUUCUUGGAUUCAAAGGGCCAGUUCCUCCGAAAAGAUGCCUUCUUACCAUUUUCAGCAGGUAAACGAGUGUGUAUCGGGGAACACAUGGCCAAAUUGGAGUUGUUCCUUUUCUUUACGUCUCUCCUCCAACGCUUCACCUUCUCUCCUGUUCCUGGAGAAAUGCCCAGUGUGGAGGGUGUUCAUGGAUUCACGUAUACUCCCAAAGAGUUCAGAAUGCUGGCUGUGCCUCGCUGAUGUCAUCCAAACCAAACACAAGCAUCAAAGAGUGCGUGUUUCAUGUGGAACAUAUUAAAAACCAAUUAUCUUCAAUAAAGCAAUAACAUGAUGAUUAUUUAUCUGACCUGCAACUGAGAAAUGUUUUGUAUAAUACAAGAUGUUAACAGUUUAACUCCAAAUGUCAAGAAAAAACAAGAUUGUUAAGAUUCCCUGUCAGGAGGCUUGUCUUCUGUUUAAAGACCAAAACAGCAAGCCCAGUUACACCUAUUGGUUCACAAUAGUCCUUGGAAAACACUUUGGCACAACAUCUACUGUUUUAAAUUUGCUAUAUAAGUAAUGGUGACUUGACUUGACUUGUGCAGCCAUGCUACAGCUACAAAAGUGUUUUCAGGCUAUUACCUCUAUACAUUUCUUCCGCACCUCCUAAGUUUGGUGAAGUUCGGUGAAUACAUUGGAAAACAGAACCGAAAACACCAGUCUGAAAGUAAGGGAAUUUAAUAUAUUAUGUACUGACAGCAUCUAUCAUUUAUUCCACAACCGUGUAUUUGCAGGUUAUCAGAUAAGUUAAUGUCACAAUCAUGAACAUGUACAAUAAUGUGUUAAUGAAUAAUCCAUUAUCAUUUAUAUUAGAUUAUGCAUUGGCUCCACAUGACUUCAAUAAAAGUGUUGUUCUUAGAGGGAUA